GGCCGGGCGAGUCGCGGGCGGGUCGGGUCCGGUCUGCGCGGCAGCAUGGAGGCGCCGCCCGUCACCAUGAUGCCCGUCACGGGCGGCACCAUCAACAUGAUGGAGUACCUGCUGCAAGGCAGCGUUUUGGACCAGAGCCUGGAGAGCCUGCUGCACCGGCUGCGCGGGCUGUGCGACAACAUGGAGCCCGAGAGCUUCGUGGACCACGAGCUGGUGUUCCUGCUGAAGGGGCAGCAGGCGAGCCCGUUCGUGCUGCGCGCGCGGCGCGCGCUGGGCCGCGCCGGCGCGCCCUGGCACCUGCGCUACCUCGGCCAGCCCGAGAUCGGCGACAAGAGCCGGCACGCGCUGGUGCGCAACUGCGUCGACAUCGCGACCUCGGACAACCUGACGGACUUCCUGGUGGAGAUGGGCUUCCGCAUGGACCACGAGUUCGUGGCCAAGGGGCACGUGUUCCGCAAGGGCAUCAUGAAGAUCGUCGUGUACAAGAUCUUCCGCAUCCUAAUGCCGGGCAACACGGAGAGCAUCGAGCCGCUGUCUCUCUCCUACCUCGUCGAGCUCAACGUGGUGGCGCCAGCGGGACAGGACGUCGUUUCCGACGACAUGAGGAACUUUGCUGAGCAGCUAAAGCCGUUAGUUCACCUGGAAAAAAUUGACCCGAAAAGGUUAAUGUGACCGAAAGGCUGGACAGUUACAGCAGCGGUGGUGCUAAUGUUUCCAGAGGCUCCUCCUUCAAAACGCCUUCCUAGGGCAAAUCAGAACUGGUGGAGGGGAAUAAAGGAUUACACACUGAUGUUU